AUGCGGUGCGACGGGCGGCCCUGGCAGGUGCUGGCAGCUGUCACCAAAGGGCUCCUCAUCCUCUGGGCAGUGCCGGGCCAGGGGGGCAGGUCCCCGCUGGCCCCCACCGUGCAGCAGACCCAGGCGCUAGUGAGGCUCAUGGCCGAGGACGCGCAGGAGCUCUUCACUUUCUACGAGAAGGAGCAGCACCUGGACAUCGACAACAUCUGCCGCACCGACAAUACCCCCGAGUGGCUGCGGAGGCCGGCGAAGGGGCCUUGGGGGCUGCGGAGGCUGCGGAGGCCCAUGAUCCACAUGGACCAGGCGCUGCAGGACAUCAUCCGGCACCAGCUCAACCUCCACCACCCCGAGGCCGAAAUCCUUCGGCGCUUGAGCAGGACCCACCGUAAGGUGCGAGCGCUCCUCAACAACCUGGCGGGGCUCUUCCCGGCCCCCAACCCUCGCCCCGGCCACCGGCCCCUCCCCAGCCCCGCGGCAUCCCUCGGCAUCUUCCAACAGAAGCUGCAGGGGUGCCAGAUCCUCUGGAGCUACGCCCGCUUCAUGGCCGAGCGCAGCGCCGAGCUGAGCGCCGGGAGCCGCCGGACGCGCCGGGAGAAGGGGAGAUCGCAGCGGGGCUCACGGCUGCCUGCCCGCCCCUAG